AUGGCGGAUCAAUCCAGACCCGUCACCGGCUACCCAGCUCACUCCGCCACCGGCUACCCAAACACCGCCACCGCAUACCCUUACGUUGCUCCCCCUCCAACUGCCCCACAGAAUCACGGAACAUACUUCCACGUUGCCGGAAACCGUUACUACUCCGAUCCAUACGCGUCCCAACAACGCGCCACCUUCGUCCACCGUUUCUUCGCCAUCUUAAUCGGUUCUAUCCUCAUCACCGGUAUCAUCAUCUUCACCAUGUGGCUCAUCCUCCGCCCACAAAUCCCUCAGUUCCGAGUCGAAACACUAACCCUUUCUAACUUCAAUAUUUCAUCAAACUCGUUAGUUUCCGGGGAUUGGGACGCUCGUUUCAUUGUUCGGAACCCUAAUUCCAAAAUUACUCUUUUCUAUGAUCAAAUUGAAGCUGCCGUCUUCCACAAAUCGGAUUCAAUUUCAGAGACUACUGUGCCGCCUUUUGUGCAGGGAACGAAGAAUCAGACUUCCAUUAAAGCAACAUUCGCUUCUUUGACAGCGUAUGUUGAUGAUCGAGAUAGUAUUAAUGUAGAGAGGAAUCAUGGGUCGAUUAAUUUCAAUAUCAGAAUGAUGGCUAGGGUUCGAUUUAGGGCUGGUUCUUGGUGGGCUAGACGGAGGAUCUUGAGGGUUUAUUGCCCUAAUUUAUCAAUUGGGGUUUCUUCAAAUAGUAAUGGUGGAACUCUGAUUGGUGGUUCGAAGGAAUGCAGGGUGGGUCUGUGA